AUGACUGAUACCUUUCAAUCUAAAGACAUUCCAAUAAUCGAUUUUUCAUUAUUUGAAACAAAUCGACCUCUUUGUGCUCAACAAAUUAAACUUGCUUGUGAAAACUUGGGAUUUUUUUAUUUAAAAAAUCAUGGAUUUAAUGAAAAAGACGUAGAAGAUACAUUUCAUUAUACUAAACUUUACUUUGACCAACCUCAUGAAGAAAAACAAAAUUAUAAAAUAAAUGAACAUUAUUAUGGAUAUAUUGAUCUUCGUCAAGAAUUACUUGACCUUGAAACUCAAAAAAUUGGAGAUCAUAAAGAAUCUUUUAAUUUUAGUAAAUUUGAUGAUAAUGAUGACCCUUUAGCUCAAACUUUACCUCCUUUAUUUAAUGAAAAGAAAUCCUUAUAUUCGUCUCUUUCAAAAAAAUGUCAUCAAUUAUGUUUGAAAUUAUUACAAGCUUUAGCAAUCGCUUUAGAAAUACCACAAAGUGAAGGUGGCGAAUAUUGGUUUGAAUCAAAACAUAGUUAUGAUUUAAAAUCUGGUGAUUGUUUACGACUUAUUCAUUAUCCUCCAACGGUGGUUAAGAAUGAUCAAAAAGAUAUUCGAGCUGGAAGUCAUUCAGAUUAUGGUUCGAUGACAGUCCUCUUUCAAAAAGAGAUUGGUGGUCUAGAAAUUUUACCUCAUAAUUCUACAGAAUGGGUCCCUGUUCCUAUUAUUCCAAAUCAUGUGGUAAUAAACGUUGCUGAUUGUUUACAAUUUUGGUCAAAAGGUUUAUUUAAAUCUAUUAAACAUCGUGUAAUUUUUCGUGAAGAUACUUGUAAUUUGGAUAGAUAUAGUAUUGCUUAUUUUUUUCACGCUGGUUCUGAUAUUGUAUUAGAUCGUAUUCCUUCAAAAUUAAUUCCCAAAGAUGAUGAUAAUACAAAAUAUAUUACUGCUGGUGAACAUUUGCAAAAUAAGUUGAAUAUCUCGUACCAAAAAGUUUAUUAA